UUACGGCGCAGUGGUGGGAUCGAACGAAGGAAAAGGACAGACCACAAACAAGACCAGGUUAGGCGGGAGGCAUCACUGGCCUAAGCCGACCUAACCCACGAUGGAGCAAGAUCGUCGAAUCAUGACUGGUAGGUUAGUCUCCAAGACGAGCCCUUCAGCCAGAGCUGGAUGUCCGGAAAUAGGAGCCACGCAGACAAGGGAGGCAGAAGCACGCCAGUGGUCGAACGACGCGGGUAGGCCCUUGGGCUAUGGCUCCCAUGGGAACAGGCGCCACCAAAUCACCCUGCAUACCACGACUCCGCCGAGCCCAACCAGGCAAAAUGGGGGCGGGGAGCAAAGAGAGAAGCGGCAGGAAGAGAAAGGGAAGGAACACAUCGACUCGCUAAUAACCAGCGCUCUGACUUCUGACGCACUCGGUGGAUCGGUUCUUUCGACCUUUUCAGCUCCUGGAAUAUUUGUACCUCCUCAUUCCCUUUUUUUCCCCGUCUCCGAUUACCGUCUCACCGAUGGCGUUGUGCGAUGCUAUCACCUCGGUCAGCGGACACAUGAAACCCGCCGGAACUGCUCAUCGUCAAUACGGACGAAAAGAACCAAAGAACUGUUGUGAGAUGAUCUGCUGAUGUUUACAGAACAAGUACCUCGCAGCAGCUGUUUAAGCUUCGAUGCCC